AAAAAAACCAAAACUAAAACCAAACCAUCAUAGAGAGAGAGAGAGAGAACAGAGUCUCUGUUUGUUCUUUUGUGUGUGGCUGUUGAACUUUUACUUGCUACUUGCUGCCUGCCUCAACUUGUAUUUUGGAUGUGAAAAAAGAAGUUGAAGUUUCUUGAGAAAUGUAUGCUGAAACUGGCCUCAUGUUCCCUUAUUUUCAAAACUUCUCAUCUGAUGUUCAACAAUUUGAUGAUUUCUGUCACUCACAGAAAUUCAUUACUUGCCUGGAUAACCUAAUUCAGACCUCCUCCACUGUAUCAGAAUAUGAUCUUGGAGGUGAAGGGGAUCUGUUUAAAGCGCCAGAACCGAUAAUCCAACAACCUUUGAUCACCCUUGAUCCCAUGACAUCUGCCAUGUCAAUGAUUUCUUGUGGAGAAGAUACGAUUUCCCCACAAGAACUUAAAGUUACAGAUAUCGAAUCGUUUCAAAAAGAAGAGUUUCUGAAUGAUGUUUUCUAUGAAUGCAAAAGCUUAUUGGCUAAAGAAGCAACAACUGGAACCGGAACUGGAACUGAAUCAUCACCGUUAUCUGAAGUUAUAAACUUCAGUUUCCCAGUUAAAAGCGAUGAAAACCUUGUUGCAAAGGAGAAUGUUGAUCCAUCAUGUCAAAUACCAAAAAGCAUGAGCUCGGAUAGUCUAAACUCUAUGGAUUGGAUUCAAGGGGCUCAAGUUAAAUCCAGUUUUCUCAACUUCAGUGAAAUAGAUUUUGGGAAUGCUUAUGGUAUGCGAAGGGCUUUCAGUGAGGGAGACAUAAAGACACUAUCGGAUGGCAACAGUUAUUAUCCUCCCCUUGGGCAGCGCAUCAGUGAAGACCGAUUGCAAAAGCUCUCAAGAUACAGGAAUAAGAAAACAAAGAGGAAUUUUGGCAGAAAAAUCAAGUAUGCUUGCAGGAAGGCGUUGGCAGACAGUCAGCCUAGGAUCAGAGGAAGGUUUGCAAAGACAGAGGAAUCUGACAUGUUGAGAAAGUAAUCUAGAGGUAGAUAGAGCUGAUGAAGCAGAGAAAAUAUGGUUGUUAAUCUGACAAGAGGGGUCAAAGCAGGUUUUGCUAAAUAAGCUUGGAGGCUUGGUAUACCAGCAAAACCUUUUAUCAUCGGUUAUUAAUCAAGUGUAAUAAAUAAAUAAUACUAUCAUUCUAGCUUUGUAGAUCCAUGAAUGUCGGAGGAGUCGUAUUAAUGUACAUAAAGUAUUUGUUGAAUAAUGACCACUAAAUUGUUAUAUGUAUGUGUGGUGUGCUACUUACUUACUUAA